CAUUUGCUUUUAUAGCUAUCUUUGUUCCUUCGUAGUAUCUCUUUCUUUAUUCUCUCUCCGUCUCCCAUGGCUAAGUUCUAUUGUCUCAGACCAGCUCUUCUUCUUCUUCUGUUACUUCUAGUGGUUCGUACCCAGUCACGCCGUCGGUUCGAGCCAAAAAUUCUCAUGCCGUCAGAGGAAGCUAAAUCGAAUGAGCAAGAAAAGACCAUGAUCGGUACUAGAUGGGCGGUUCUUAUCGCUGGUUCUUCCGGUUACGGAAACUACAGGCACCAGGCUGACGUUUGUCACGCAUAUCAAAUACUAAGAAAAGGAGGUUUAAAAGAAGAGAACAUAGUCGUCAUGAUGUAUGAUGAUAUCGCCAACCAUCCACUUAAUCCUCGUCCAGGUACUCUAAUCAACCAUCCUGAUGGCGAAGAUGUUUACGCCGGAGUCCCGAAGGACUAUACCGGUCAUAACGUUACGGCCGCUAACUUCUACGCGGUACUUCUAGGCGACAAGGAGGCUGUUACAGGUGGAAGCGGUAAGGUCAUCGCUAGCAAGGCCAACGACCACAUUUUUGUAUAUUACUCUGAUCAUGGUGGUCCGGGAGUUCUUGGGAUGCCAAACAAGCCUUACCUUUAUGCUACUGAUUUUAUUGAAACACUUAAGAAGAAGCAUGCUGCCGAAACAUACAAAGAGAUGGUUAUAUACGUAGAAGCAUGUGAAAGCGGGAGCAUAUUCGAGGGGAUAAUGCCAAAGGACUUGAACAUUUACGUAACAACGGCUUCAAAUGCACAAGAGAGUAGUUAUGGAACAUAUUGUCCCGGCAUGAAUCCGUCUCCCCCAUCCGAAUAUAUCACUUGCUUAGGAGAUUUAUAUAGUGUUGCUUGGAUGGAAGACAGUGAGACACACAACUUAAAGAAAGAGACUGUAAAGCAACAAUACCAAACGGUGAAGAUGCGGACGUCAAACUAUAAUACAUAUUCCGAAGGCUCCCAUGUGAUGGAAUACGGUAACAGCAGUAUUAAGUCGGAGAAGCUUUAUCUAUACCAAGGGUUCGAUCCAGCCACUGUUAAUUACCCUGCUAAUGAAUUACCGGUCAAGUCACCCGUGGGAGUUGUUAACCAACGCGACGCAGACCUUAUUUUCCUUUGGCAAAUGUACCGAAGAUCGGAAGAUGGGCCAAGGAAGGAUGAGAUAAUGAAGGAAUUAACCGAGACAACAAGGCACAGAAAACAUCUAGACACAAGUGUGGAAUUGAUAAGCACGGUUCUGUUUGGUCCCACGACAAAUGUUCUCAAGUCAGUUAGAGAACCAGGUUUGCCGUUGGUCGACGAUUGGGAAUGUCUUAAAUCAGUGGUACGCGUAUUUGAAAUGCAUUGUGGAUCACUAACGCAGUACGGGAUGAAACAUAUGAGAGCGUUUGCAAACAUUUGUAACAACGGUGUCUCGAAGGAGCUGAUGAAGGAAGCUUCGGCUGCGGCAUGCGGUGGUUAUGAGGCUCGCUUCACGUCGCACCCGUCUGUUGUGGGCUAUAGUGCAUGAAAGUCGUGAUCUUUUAAGUGUUUUCGGGUAAUCACGUUAAGACAUGACCUCAAAAUAAAAUAAAAUAAAUGUUUUUAUUUUGCUAUGGUAGUUGCAUGUAAAUACGGAAAAUGCGUAAGACAUUUUUAAAUUA